AUGAAGCACGCGCUCGCGGAGCUCGGGAGCGACAUUGAGCGGCGGCAGCGCGACGUGCAGCUCGAGGACCUGUACGUCAAGCGCACGCUGAGCGCGGGCGACAUGUCGAAUGCCAUGUUUGCCGCGUACAUCCGGUCACUCCAAGACAAGUACGCGGCGAACGUGAGCGCGCUCGAGGUGGCCAAGGCCCACUUUCGCCGCCACGAAAAGCGCGUCCACUUGCACGCGACCACGGCCUUUGCCAGCCUCCCGUUCUUGCACGAUCGCUACCAGCUCAAGGCGCUCAUCGGCCAAGGCGGCAACUCGGAAGUUUGGGAAGCUUACGACGUGCAUACGCGUACAUUUUGCGCCAUCAAGAUCUGCACCAAGCUGCACCAAGCCGAGAUCGAGUUCCGACACCACCAGCUCUUCCUGCCGUCCGAGCACACGGUUCACGUCCACGGUCCCCUGCUCAUGACAUCCCAUCGCGGUGCGCCAUACUCACUCAUGGUCAUGGACCGCAUGGAGUGCGAUUUGCACCAGUUCAUGGAGAACCUCGGCGGGCCCUGCGAGAUGGGACUCGCACGCCACUUGCUCUUCCAACUGCUCCUCGGCCUCGACUACGUCCACCAGAAGGGCAUGGCGCACUGCGAUCUCAAGCCGGCCAAUGUGCUCUUGGCGACGAUCGCCGGCGCGCAACUGCGCUUGACCGACUUUCACCUCUCGCAGCGCAAGCACGCAAUCAUCCUCGUGGGCCAGAACGCGUCGCCAGCGUUUGCACCGCCCGAGUGGUACCUCUUGUCGCCAAGCGAAGCUACUAGCCUCGGCGCGACCUAUGAGAAGUUUGACGUGUGGGCGAUCGGGCUCAUCUUCUACAUGCUGCUGUGCCACGCCCACCCGCUGGGGACGCAGGCCAGUAAGCCCGAGAUGACGGAGCGCAUGAAGAUGUACCGAGCGAGUCCGACGCUACACAUCCCCGCUCACGUCCCCGCCGACGCCCAGCAUCUGAUACGGCAAUGCUUGCACCUCGAUUGGCACAAACGUCCGACGGUCCAGGCGCUGCUCGCCGCGGUCUGUGGCGGCCUCUAG